AAUAUCAUUAACUAGUAAUGAAAGAGAUUACUGGUGAGACUUAAAAUACAAAAAGGUUCAAGAAGCUAAUUUGGUUGUAUAAACCGCAAAAAGAAAGUUAAAAAAGCUCAUAGAACGUAAUAUGACUAAUCUAGUGAACUAAAUUAAUGCUAAAACCAAAAAUGUGUUACUUUGCACCUUGAAGAGAAAAUGACUGAGCCACCUUAAGCCGGAACCUGCAAAAGGAAUCAAUAGGCAUCAAAACAAACAAAAUUAGAUCAAUCUGUUUAUUUAAAUUAUAUGUAUUAAUUUAAAUUUAUUUUGAAUAUUUUUAUAAUUAAACUGGAUCAUCUAUCUCUCUAGCUAACUGCGAUAAUCUCAAAUAUUUUGAAUGUUUUACCAAAAUAAUCAGUCAGAACUAAUUGUUAAAUGUUAGAUACAAUUCGCAUAAUAUAACAUAUUAUAUUAUGGUCAACUAAUAUAAUUUUGACUAAUUCUAAAAGAUUAUAUUUUGUUUUAUUUUAAAUGUCUUUCUAUAUUUGUGUAUAUAGAUUAAAAAAUAUUUAUUUUAUGUAUUUUUAAAUUAAAAAUAUCAUUAACUAUAUAACUAACCAUACUCCAACCAAUCAAAAAUAAGUUAGAGAAUACAAAAAUUAUAUAAAAUUAAUAAAUUUUACACUUUAACAUUUAUUUUGUAACAAAAAUUUAACUUGCCUAUUAAUAUAUCAAACAGAGGGAAUAUAUUAAAAAGCAAUCAUCAUCGAAAUUGAACACUUAACACGUUGUUCCAAACUAUACACAAGUACAUAAUGUACUUACAUGUCGGCGGUAGUAGAAAGAGGUUAGACGAAGCAGAGAGACCAAUGAAACGAUUCAGCUUCAUAUCUGUCUUUCUUCUUCUUCCUCUGUUCCUCAUCAUCAACACCAGCUUCGCUCUCCCUCUAUCCACCAACUCACGAUGGAUCGUCGUUGAUGGCUACCAAGGACGGCGCGUGAAACUCACGUGCGUCAACUGGCCGGUAACGAUGAUCCGACCAGAGUCACCGGUUCAAACUGAAUGUAAUACGACGUCUUCGACGUAGGGAACAACGUGUGCUUGGUUCGACCAAGUGCAUCUCAGGUUGAGCUACAGAGAGCUCUUGAUUGAGCAUGUGGUAUUGGGAGAGUUGAUUGCUCAGUCAUAGAGCCGGAUACGAUAUGGUCGCACGCAUCUUUUGCGUUUAAUGCGUAUUAUCAAACCAAUGGGAACAAUCUCAUUGCUUGUUACUUCGGUGGAACAGCUACACUCACCAAGAUAAACCCUAGUAAGUUUCUUGCACCAUGUAGGUUACUAAAAAUGAAUAAUCGAUUAAUUUUGCCAAAAAUAUCUUUCUUUAUAUAUAAAAAUGUCAUGCCCUAUUUUAUAUGUUUAUUUACCCUUUUUUUAAGGACAUACCAUUUCUGAAUUCAACCCACACCGGGUUCGAGUUUACAAUCAGAACAGACAUUUCUCCUAAGAAGACAGAAGAAGUAAAAAGAAAGAGAAUAAAAAAUCAGACGAUGUCGACCAACUAAACUUGGUCAGUCCUCUUUACACUUGAGAUCUUACAAACCAGACAGAUAAGUAAGAUUGGCGACGCUGCGUUGAUGAUCGGGUCAGCAUUCUCUCCACAACGAGUCAGAACCAGCAAAAAAGGAGCCAUAUUAGUUUGAUUCCAUACACCUGAUUUAAUCUCAUUAAGCGUUGCUACCAUUUACUUCUUUCCCAAACCUCCGUACUCUUUCGUUGAACAAACAGCUUCCCAAGACAUAUUUGCCCCCAUGUAGAGUUCGGAGCUCCUGUCCAGAGAAAGGCGUUACAAAUAUUUUCUAAUUUGUCCAAAGAUUCUUUUGGCAGUGGAAAAAUCUCAGACCAAAAAUUGAUCGUACUGUAGAGGACUGUAGCCGUCCUGUGAUAGCCGUUUUGCUGUCCACGAAGUAACUCCGAGAUAAUUCACACGAAGAGACCCUUGGACCAAACCAAAUUCUGGCUCCAAACAUGAAGCAGAGUGUUGAUCAUUCCCGUCCAAACAUUUUAUAAGUCACUUUGUCGUAAGCCUUUUAUUUACAUGGAAAGAAACCUGCUAGUUCUCCAUUUAGUGACACUGAAUAAAAAGGAGUGUUAAUACACAUUCUUAUCCAAGGGAUAAACACUGGAGAUAAUUCAAAGGCAUGAAGAAUAUUCAAGUAAUACAUGAUUGGAUUAGAGAUAGCCUCUCUAAUAACAUCUUUUUGUUAUAGCAUUAUAUUUUCCGCUAUUCUUUUAUGUAUGGGGAGUACGUAAUAAUAUAUGGGAUAUUUUAUAUGUUGAAUGCAGGCUAACGUUCUCCUAUGAUGUAUGCAAGCAAGAACCAAAAUUUCAUAUUUUUGUUAGUUAUGUCUUUUAAGUAUCAUUUUGGUCAGACUUCUCUCCAUCAUGACUUUUGUUUAAUUUUUAAUUAAAGAUGUAAAUGAGGGGAGAAUUGACAUGUUCAACAUCCCUACCUUAUAGUUUCCAUUUUGGGAAUUUUUUCAUAUAAAUGGAAAGGCGGACAAAAAUGCAUUAAUGUUUCAGUAGAGAAUCCAUAGAGUAUCUUUGAAUUUUCUUUUAACAAAGACCAUUGUCUUCAAUGACAAAUCAACUAAUUAUGAGGUAGAGUAUGACGUGUUUCUUUAUAGAAUUAUUAUGUGUGUGUGUGUGUGUGUGUGUGUGUGUGUGUGUGUGUGUUUUAGAAACAUAAUCAAACUGAUAUUCAACAAGUUUUGACAUUUUUUAAAAUUCAUCUUUGACCUGGUUGUUUUCUUUGGUAACUUUUAUUAGUCAAAAGUCAUAUAUAUGAACAAAUAUUAGUGUAUGACAAUGUCUUUUCAACUAUAUAUACCUGAUGUAUUAUCAAAUUGAUGACUAAACAAAGAUAAAUACAGAUCAUUGUAAAGAAGAGAAAACAAACUUGUUUACUACAAGAUCAAAACGUUCUCACCAUUUCACCAAUCAAAGGUAUUAUGUUAAUUAUCUAUAUUUUGUGAAUAAUCAUGAUUUAUAUUGUAAUAGAAUUCGAAAAAUUUUAUUUAAAAUUCUCCAUCUAUGAUCUAAUCGUACUUUAAAAAACACAAACCUGUUUAUCAUGAUAUAUAUACUCUUUUGAAUUUGAAAUAUUUUAAUAUAAAUAACAUAUCAUGGAUAUCCGAAUGCUCACCCCUAAUUUUGAGAUACAAUACCAUGCUAACAACUAUUCUUGAUUUAGUGAUAUUUUGUGUAAGUUGUAAUUCAAGACCAGUAUUUGGUAAAAGCUGAUGGCGAAUAACCAAACUAUGAAUGCACAGCCUAAAUUUCGAGGAACUGAGGGUGUCAAUAGAUAUUUGUAUGAUCAGUUAUGGAAGUUAUGUGCUGGACCUUUGUUUGAUCUCCCAAAAAUUGGAGAAGAAGUUUAUUAUUUUCCUCAAGGAAACAUAGAGCAGCUUGUAGCAUCAGCAAAUGACAACUUGUGCCAAUUAAAACCAAUUUUUGAUAUUUCUUCAAGAAUUCAUUGUAAUGUUAUUAGUAUCAAGCUUAAGGUGGAGACCAAUACAGAUGAAGUUUAUGCAAAAGUUUCGUUGUUGCCAUGUUCACCUGAAGUUGAGAUCACGUUUCCUAAUGACAACAAUGAACAAAACAUUAAAUAUUUUACUAAGGUGUUAACUGCUUCGGAUAUCGGCCCACAUGGUGAUUUUAUCUUAUUUAAAAAAGAUGCCAUUGAAUGUCUUCCUCCAUUGGAUAUGUCACAGCUAAUACCGAGUCAAGAGAUAGUUGCUAAAGAUCUCCAUGAUCAUGUCUGGAAAUUUAAACACACUUUUAGAGGUACACCAAAAAGACACCUUUUCACAUCUGGUUGGAAAGAGUUUGUAAAAGGAAAAAGUUUGGCCGUUGGAGACUCUUUUGUAUUCCUUAGAGGAGAGAAUGGGGAAUCACGAGUUGGAAUUAGAAAAACAUCUCAUCAACAAAGCGACAUGUCAUCAUCUGUAAUUUCAAAAGAGAGUAUGCACCAUGGUUUCAUUGCUUCUGCAUCGAAUGCUAUUCACACCAAAUGUAUGUUCGAUGUGUUUUAUAAGCCAAAGUCGAGCAAAUUCAUUGUCAACUGCGACAAAUUCUUAGAUGCAGUGAACAUGAAGUUCAAUACAAGUUCAAGAUUUACUAUGAAGUUUGAAGGACAUGAUUUCAAUGAAAUAAUAUAUUCUGGGACAAUAGUAAAAAUGGAAGAUUUCUCCAUUUAUUGGAAGGGUUCAGAAUGGCGAAACCUACAAGUACAGUGGGAUGAAGCUGCAACAAUUCCAAGACCUAAUAAGGUCUCUCUAUGGGAGAUCGAGCCUUUAAUACCUUCAUCAAACAUUCUCAAGUCAGUUAUUCAAAAUAACAAACGCCAACGCGAAAUAAACGAAUUUGGUCCUAUUAUUUCCAAACCAGAUUACAAUGACCAAAUGGUCCAGUCAACAAAAGAAAAUUCAACCACCAAUGCAUCUAGUAGCUUCAGAUUGUUUGGAGUUGAUCUAACGGCUUCUAGCAAAGCAAGAGAUGUUUUGGAACCACUCGAAUCAUACCAAAAGAAUAAAACUUCUGAAAUCUUUGAAGAAGAAAAUCUUGAUCAAACUCAAGCAGUGACAUCACUAACAGAAAUCCAAAGGAAGGAACUAAGUUUUACUACAAGUAGUACUAAGGUUCACAUGGAAGGUGUUACUAGAACUGUGGAUUUAACUGUUUUUGAUGGAUACAAUCACAUGAUCGUUGAACUAGAAAAACUCUUUAAUAUCGAAGGCAAGUUGCAUAUGCACAGUCAAUGGAAACUAACUUUUAAAGAUCAUGAAGGAGAUAUGAUGCUUGUUGGAGACGAUCCAUGGCCGAAAUUUUGCAAUAUCGUGAAGGAAAUAGUCAUAUCUUCCAAAUAGGAUGCCAUAAAAUGAAAUUUGAGAAUCAAUUCUCUAAAAGUGACUCAGAAUUUACAACAAUAAUUUCACCAUCAGACGUGGACGACAGUCAAAGAGGAGUUUUGUUAUUUUAAUGCUUUUUUAUAUAAUAUUAUGGAUUGGUCAAUGUUUGCGUGGGAAGUUUACUUUCAUUAAGUCUUCGUUUAACCUUUGUUUUUAACUUGAAGAGUUUGGUUUUAUGUUAUGUGUGAUUUUUAUUAUUGUGAUUGCUCUU